GUCAAAACGGCGCUAAAACACUUUAACAGACUGACUCUUUGCCUUUGGUUGCUGAAUUUAUUUAUUUUUGUCAAUUAGCUAUAGCUAGGUAGACAACGUUUUAUUUUAUAGACCACGACAAUAAUACAUCCACAGACUGCACAAGUGGUGUUUCGCGAAAUAACAAGACUAGACAGUUAUAAUGAAUGCUAAUGUUGAGAAGCUAGCCUAGCUGAUGAUGUCCAGUCUUCCUCAAAAUAAUUUGAAGGAACAACUCGAGAGACAUAGCAAUGCUGCUCAGAGAAAACUGUCGUUGUCUAAACCCAAACCAGGGACAUUUUGUUUCAAAAAGAAGUCCACAUCAGGUAUCACCAAGGUGGAAGUUCACACUAAGGUAAACAGCUCAAAUGGUUUAACAAACAGGAGUGUCAAUGUUCCUCAUGAUAAUGCAGUAAUUAAACCUCCUUUGACGUUUUCAACCAAGCCCGAAAGACCUCUCGCCAAAAUCAACUUCUCCUCAGUCAAUCCCAAAAGCAAGUAUGAAGCCAUCAGUCCUGUAUUAACCCCCUUUUCGGGGAGAAAACCCAUCCCAGCUGUGUCUGCUGCAAAGAUCUCCCCUGCUUUGACCAAAUCUGAUAGCUUGAUCACAGGUAGCAAUGGCAGCAAACCCUCAGGACUUGAUAGCUCUUUUGGUAUUCCCCUGGACGGAUGGGAUGAUUUUGAUGACUUUGAAACCCCUGUCAAGGGCAAAAGUACUCUACCAAGCCCAGGGAUCUCAGGUAGGUGUGCCAAGGUGACACCUGUUUCCAGUGUUGAACAAUUGGAUAUUAACACACACAGAUCAGACAAAUGUGUCCCUCUACGAGCGCUGAAUACAAAGACCAACAGCCGUCAUAGAAAUAAGUGUAUUCUUGAUGGGACAGAACAAUGUACUCUCACAAUGGAGGAAUCACAAGAUGCUUCGGAGUCUGCCAGUACUGCUCCAAGAGACAAUCCCAUCCAGGAUCCAGCAGAGUGGGAGCACUGGGAGGUGGAGGAUUCUCCCAUUAAAACGGUUAGAAGACGGCCUUCUGCUUAUCAAGCCAAGUCUGUGCUGAGUGACAGUGAAGAUGAGAACAUCACUGCACCCGGUUCAGUUGAGAAGAAAGAUCAUCAAAGUAAAUGGAAUGAGACAGAUGUCAUAGACAUUGAUGACAAGUCCGAGCAAGAUGGAGACCUAGAUUUCAUCCCCCCUUCCCCAAGUCCAGAGGAUUUCAGUCAUUCUACUUCUACAAAGGAAACAAGAUUGAAGUCAGCUGGCUCUGCAGUCCGUAAAGACAUCAGUCCUGAAUCAACAAGAGGGUCGGUGUCGAGCCUACAAAGAGUGUCUGAUGGUCCUCUGAAAGAAAGAAAAGUCACCAAUCCAAAGUCUGAAGAUCAGCUCUUGAGUAUCAUGGAGUCCAUCUGUGCUCUGGUGGAUUCCAUCCCUGAUCAUGAACUAUUAGGCCUGUCCUGUGGGCCAGAGCUCUUACUGCAGCGGGCUCAUAGGAAAAGGAUAAUUGCUACUGGCAGCAGUGACACAUCUUCAAGGACACAACAGCCAGACAGCACUGUCUUGGAAUCCAGAUUCAGUGAAAAGACUACUUUUUCCUUUGCUACUCCAAGUGUCAUGACUUCCACCACUUGCCUGCCCAAGGGUAAAGGAGAUUCUUCCAUGAAAGCCCUUCCCUUCAGGAGGUCCUCAGUCAUAUCUGUGGACUACGACAGUAGUGUUUUUGAGGACUCUGACUGUAUGGUCAAUGUUCAGACUCCAGGCAUCUCUUGGAGACCCAGCACUCAUGAAAAUCCUAUUUUCACUAGAGACAAGAAGAAAGCAUCCACAACAGGCCAAAGUAAUUGUGACUCUCCAUCGAAUUAUGGUAUCUUCAAAAAACAAAUUGGUGAUGUGGCUCAGUCAAAUUUCUUCUUCUCACCGAAGAGCCCGGUAGCUGCUGUACAAAUGACUGGGCAGAGCAGUACCCAAGCCUCUGUGGCACAAGCCCCAGCAGUUACGGAGCCAGACGAUUUCUUCAUUGAUGACUUUGACAUAGAUGACUUCAAUGAUUCAGAUAUCCCUGAUUACUUUGAACCCCCAAGCUCCUCAGCGUCAAGGCAGGACUCCAGUUCUAUCUCUAAAGCGGUGCGUGAGGGAGGACCAAGUACAUCAACAUGGCAGAAGAAACCAGCUACACCAGCUCCUGUGGCCAAGCCUCCUAAAAUCACCUCUCCUGAGCCCACAUACAGAAACCCUGCUCACGAUCGCUUCAGAGGCUUCAACUUCCCCCACUGUCCAGAGAUGAUGAAGAUUUUCCACAAGCGCUUUGGUCUCCAUCAGUUCCGAUUCAAUCAGUUGGAAGCCAUUAAUGCUACGUUGUUAGGUGAAGACACAUUUGUCCUGAUGCCAACAGGAGGGGGUAAAAGUCUUUGCUACCAGCUGCCGGCCUGUGUGUGUGCAGGAGUCACUGUGGUCAUCUCACCACUGAAAUCACUCAUUGUAGACCAGGUCCAGAAACUCACUACUCUGGAUAUUCCCGCCACAAGUUUGUCUGGUGAGAAGACUGACAGUGAAGCAGCCAGGAUCUACUUGCAGCUGUCCAAGAAGGACCCCAUAAUUAAAUUGCUCUAUGCAACUCCUGAAAAGGUGUGUGCGAGUGGCAGGAUGAUCAGUGCCCUUCAGAACCUGUAUGAGAGAGGUCUUCUAGCACGCUUUGUCAUUGAUGAGGCUCACUGUGUCAGUCAGUGGGGCCAUGACUUCCGGCCAGACUAUAAGCGGAUGUACGAGCUGCGUCAGAAGUUCCCCAAAGUGCCGAUCAUGGCCCUGACCGCCACUGCCACCCCCCGCGUCCAGAAGGACAUCCUCAAUCAGUUGCAGAUGACCCAGCCUCAGGUGUUUACCAUGAGCUUCAACAGAAACAACCUCAAAUAUGCUGUGUUACCCAAGAAACCCAAGAAGGUAGAUGAGGACUGCAUUGACUGGAUCAAGAAGAAUUAUCCACGUGAUUCUGGCAUUGUGUACUGCCUGUCCCGUAAUGACUGUGACAACAUGGCUGACAGUCUUCAGAGAGCUGGUAUACUAGCGCUAGCCUACCAUGCAGGCAUCAAUGACAAAGACAGAGAAUAUGUGCAGACCAAAUGGAUCAAUCAGGAUGGCUGCCAGGUCAUGUGUGCCACCAUAGCCUUCGGCAUGGGCAUCGACAAGCCUGAUGUGCGCUAUGUGAUCCACGCCAGUCUCCCCAAGUCAGUAGAGGGCUACUACCAGGAGUCAGGCAGAGCAGGCAGGGACGGAGAGAUCUCUCACUGCAUCCUCUUCUACUCCUACUCUGACGUCAUCCGCAUCAAGAGAAUCCUCACCCGUACAGAUCUGAAUUUUGACUAUAUAGACUUACAAAUAAUAGUCUGCAAUUUUGUAUGGGUUAUAUAUCACGUAUUGGAACAUUUCCAUGGAGUGGACAAAGAUGGAAACCACCAUACCAAAGCCACUCACUUGAACAAUCUGCACAGUAUGGUACAUUUCUGUGAGAACGUGAUGGACUGCCGAAGGAUACAGUUGCUGGCUUACUUUGGAGAGCACAAGUUCAACCCAGGCUUCUGCAAGGAACACCCUGAUGUCAUCUGUGACAACUGUGCCAGACCCAAUCAAUACAAAGCAAGAAAUGUGACUGAAGAUGUGAAGAAGAUUGUGAGAUUUGUCCAGGAGAAUUGUGAAAAAGUUGGCUCCAGAUACAGCAAAUCUGCGAACCAAACCCGACUGACUCUGAACAUGUUGGUGGACAUUUUCUUGGGUGCUAAAACCGCCCGUGUCCAGUCAGGGAUGUUUGCGAUAGGAAAGGCUUACUCCAAACACAACGCUGACCGGCUGUUCAAGAAGCUGGUUCUGGAUCACCUUCUGGUGGAGGACCUGUACAUCACAGCCAACAGCCAGGCAGUGGCCUACAUCUCUGCUGGACCCAAAGCCAUCAAUGUCCUCGGGGGACACAUGCAGGUGGAGUUCUAUGAGACCGAGAGUGCCUCCAGCAUCAGGAAGCACAAAACUGCUGUGGCCAAGGAUGUCUCCAAGAGCGAGGAGAUGGUCCAGAAGUGUCUGCAGGAGCUCACUGAUCUGUGCAAGAGGCUGGGCAAAGUCUUUGGCAUUCACUAUUACAACAUCUUCUCCACUGCCACCCUGAAGAUGAUAGCCGAGACUCUGUCGGCCGACCCGGAUGUGCUGCUGACGAUUGAUGGUGUGACGGAGGACAAACUGGAGAAGUAUGGAGCAGAUGUCAUCGCGCUUCUGCAGAAAUACUCUGAGUGGAAGCUACCUGUGGAGGAGCAGUCUGACACCACUGAAGGAAGCUCCACUAUGGCAUGGAUAGACACAAGCAGAGGCCAUGGAGACGACGAGGAGGACUGUUAUGAGGACGACGCUGGAUCUUCCAGUUAUUUCAAUAGUAACAACGGCAGAGGAGCGAAAAGGAAAAAGGCCCCCGCCUUCAAGAAAUCCAAAAAGAGAAAAGGAUAUACAAACUCCAAUUCUAAAGGGAAGUACAGCAACAAUGGGUCGUGGACAGGGUCCAAUUCCAGAGGUGGAUCUAAAGGCCGGGGGUCAGCAGCAGGACGUGCGUCAGCAGCAGGGCAUGCGUCAGCAGUAGGGCGGGGCUCAAGGCCUUCAGCAGCAGGCCCAGUGGGGAGGAGGCCCGGCUUUAUGGCCCUCCCCACACCACAAACAAACAGCCGGCCAUUCCUCAAACCAGCCUUCUCUGUACUGUAGGAGUAUAACUCCUGGCCAUACCUGGGGUCUAACAGAGGGAUUUUGGAGUAGCAAGGAAACUCCUAGUUAGUAGAGGAUUUGAGACUGGGGUUCAAUUUGAUUCCAAUUUACUUGUAAAUUAUUUACUUGUUUCAUUUUAACUGUUGCACGAAUGUGUGUUUCUGUACAGCGUCUUCAAUAGUCUUUUUUUCACUGGAUUAUCACUGUUUGUUUGUUUCUUUAGCAGUAUUUCUUAUCCAUUCUGACGUGAAGUUUUCCACUUUUAAUAAAGGCUCAUAAAUUAUUCCUUAA